AUGUUGUUCGGAACGAUCGUUUCCAUUCUAUUUAUCAUCGAAAUCUCCGCUUCAUCAAACACCAAUUUAACACCUUAUACAUGUAUAGAACCAACCGAUAAGCCAUCUUCGAACUUGCCGUCAUGCUUACCCGGCUAUAUUAUUCAUAUAGAAAACGUCAUGUACGAAUCAACAACCGAUGAUACAUGUUCGGGUACAGCUCGAUGCCGAAUUGAAAAUAAAAAUACAUUAUUAUUCGCUUGUAAUCGUAAACGAACUUGCAGUCUUAAUAUUACUGAUUUACGUUUUUCAAUUAAUUCAACUUGUGGAUCAACGCGACGAGUAUACACGACCUACCGCUGUUUGCCUGUUAUUUAUGAUCAAACUGAUUUUCUGUGUGAAUCAUCAGUAGGAAGACGUGUGACGUCAGGUGAUAUUAAUCUGUCGUGUGCAAGGAAUUAUCGUUUGUACAUAAAAACAGCCUUGGCCGGUAUUAGCCUUCGACAACAAGCCGAUCAAACAGGAAACCGUUUCAAAUGUAAUCGAGACACUCCAACAAUUUGUACAACGCCAACGCAAAAUGACUAUCGUUAUAUUUGUGAUAGCCAAUUAAAGCAAGGAAAUGGUGCUGAGUGUAAAAUACGAUACAACAAACGACCGCUCUUACAAGAUUGUCCGUAUGGUACGGUAUCGAACUUUUCCAUGGUGGAAUAUUCUUGUAUUCCAAGCGACGAAGUCAAAGACGAGCUUCCUCGAUUCGACAUUUGUUCAGCGGCAGUUCCAGAACGAUUAACGCACGAUCGUGGAUUACUACAUUCACCGAAUUAUCCUCAAACAUCUGGACAACAUCUCACAUGUAAAAAACAAUUGUACGUGUCACGUCAAUCUCGAUUACGUUUAUAUAUGCUCGAAAAUUCUCUGGAAUAUUCGCAUGAAUUAAGCAUACGUCUACUGAAUAGUAUUCAAAUACUGAAUGUCAAUGAAUUGAUUGAUGUAAACACGUCUAAACGUCAUGAUGAGUUAGUUGAAUUUCAACUAAAAACCAACCAUUUUGAUGGAGCACGCUUUCUCUUGUACUUUCAAGUCGAUUCGUAUCUAUCAGAGUAUGCACCAUAUAGUUUGGAAGCUGACGGGAAAAUGUCAUUAAAACGACAGUGGGGAAUAGCGAUUGGUUGUAUACUCGGUGUCCUGUUUGUUAUAUUAAUCAUCGCAACCAUCUUUGGUUUUAUUCGAAUAACGAAACGACGUCGUCGGGAACGUUCUUCAAAAUAUUUGAAGAGCGAAGAAAAUCAUCAUGAACAUCUAAAUAGCUCAAAAACAUCACCUGAUAGUAAUCACCAUCAUGGAAGGAAUCUCCAAGCUGAACAACCCUAUUUAAUUUCAUCAUCGCCAGCUAUCCUUCCAUUAACAUCCGGUAACGUUUCAAAUCGUCCACAUUCAGCAUCAUCGACAACAUCAUCUAUAAUUAUUCAUCAACCUAACGACGGUGUCUCCGAUCGUGAAUCUCUUAUUAAACCAGUGAAUGCAGAUAUUGAUAAUCUAUACGAAGAAAUCAAGGAACAACAACAUCAAACAGCGCUAGCUCUAGCCAUUCAGAAUGGUGCUAAAGGUGAAUCAAGCAAUCCAUACCUUGAAGCGAAAACUUUCGAACAAAAACAAUCAACUUUACAAGAUUUAAGAUCUUCGCAACCAAUUCGUGAUCAUCAUGAGACUGGUCCACGAUAUCAACAUCCCAGAUCAGACGAAACAACGAAUGUGCAACUUCAUGAACAAAACAUUUCUUCAGUUCAUCUCGAUGAGGACUAUAUCACAAAAGGGGGCGAAAUGAUUGCUUAUCAUCCAGCACAGAUGCCAUACGCUUUUCGAAAUAAUUAUUAUUAUUCAGUUUCAUCACAUGAUGAUAAUGAUCAUCGUCAAUAG